AUGGAAGGAAACUUUGUGAAAUCAAAAUUCAACCGGGUUUGUGUUUUCUGCGGGAGUAGUUCUGGUAAGAGAGAGUGCUAUAAAGAGGCAGCGAUUCAGCUGGGGGAAGAACUGGUGGCAAGAAAGCUGGAUCUAGUUUAUGGGGGAGGAAGUAUAGGAUUAAUGGGCUUAGUUUCUCAAGCCGUUAAUAAUGGAGGAGGACACGUUCUUGGAAUCAUACCAAGACCGCUUGUGGGAAAAGAGAAAACUGGGGAGACUAUUGGGGAGGUGAGAAUGGUGGCUAAUAUGCACCAAAGGAAGGCUGAAAUGGCUAGCCAUUCUGAUUGUUUCAUAGCAUUGCCAGGUGGAUAUGGUACUCUAGAGGAGUUGCUGGAGGUUAUAACAUGGGCACAGCUGGGCAUCCAUGACAAGCCUGUGGGUUUACUGAAUGUUGAUGGGUACUACAACUACCUCCUCAACUUCAUUGACAAAGCAGUGGAUGAUGGGUUCAUAAAGCCUUCUCAGCGUCACAUCUUUGUCUCUGCCCCCAAUGCGAAAGAGCUCGUUCAGAAACUGGAGGAGUACGUGGCAGUGCAAGAUGAAGUGGUUGUCAAUUUAAAGUGGGAGCAGCCAUCAGCACCAGCACCAUCUCCACCGCCACCAAAUCAAGUGGGCUUUAAAGCCCUUGCAGCAGCAGCAGACUGA